AUGGAUACUUCACAAGUCACCAUCACUUCAAGCGGUGUCUGUGUAGAUUGCAAUAACCCACCGCAAGUCAGUGUUGCCCUAUUGAAGAAAAGCGAUUUGCCUUCGCUGUCAAAACCUUGGGAUGACAUUGAACUCCCAGUUGACAUGUUGUUGCUGACGGUCAGUGAUUGCGAAUUCUUGAGCUGCAUUGCGUAUUUGAAUCCAGGGUACUACAAGAGCUAUCACCAAAAUUUUGGAUAUGUAUACCUUGGCAAAAUGGGUGAAGUUGAUUGUAUGAAAGUUGCUGUUAUGGCAUGUUUUGUUGGUUCUGCUGGACCUGACGAUUCUUUCAUAGCUGUGAAAAAUGCCGUUUUAGCCUUGAGACCGAAAUGUGUAUUUAGCGUUGGAUUUUGCAGUGGUUUGAAUUAUCGCAAAGUCAAAUUAGGAGAUGUGGUAAUUUCAGGGGAGUACUUGACAGAAAGGCGUUCCACUGGUAUUCCGUUAAGCUCGCCGAUUGCAACGGUGAUAAAAAGGGCUGCUGAUGGCUGGAGGCCACCUUUGAUCGAUCCAGAAAAAAUGGAGGUGCAAGUACAUACAGGUGGUGUGUUUCUGAGUGGCACAGAGGAGCUAAACAAUGUAGAACGACACAAGGAGCUUGUCGAGCGAUUUCCGGAAGCCAUUGCCAUAGUCACAGAGAGUGAAGGUGAGAGGUUUGAGACCUUAUUAUGAUCAGAGUGUCCCUCAAAAUAUUAUUGCACCUCACCUUUGCCAUCUUAGGACCUUCAAAAAAGCACCUGUACACCUUUCAUGGUGUGUAAAGACAAAUUGAUUUCAUUUCCAAGUGUGCCUCUCCCUGAUCUCCUUCAGGCCAUUUGCUGGCAUUAGUCAAAACACAUGUUCCUUUGAACUAUGGUGGAGCAUGAGUAACUAA